CUGGUGCAGCCUGCAAGGGCAGAAGCCCACCCCUGCUCCUCCCGCUGCACGCGACUCAACACCCCCACCUCUCCUGGAGCCCCUCGCCCCGCCCAGAGCUCGCUCCGCCCCGCGCCUUUCGCCCCGCCCAGAGCUCCUCGCUUCGCCCCGCGCCUUUCGCUCCGCCCAGCGACCCUUGCCGGGUUCAGAAGCUUCUCUGGCCCAACCUCCUCGGUCCCGCCCUCCGACCAUCUCGCUGCCCAGCUACCUAUCGGCCCUACGGAGAAAGACCCUGAGCAGUGAGUUUGGCGAGAGGGUGGUUACUUUUCCUAGUCUCACCCCGUGCCACCCGAGGCAGGAGGAAGCAGCGGUGAGGACCGUGGAUGGCAUGGCAGGAGCUUCAGACGAGCGUAGGCCAGGCCCUGCGGCCGGGGAGUCGCUGCAGCAGCAACACGUCUCGUGCCAGGUCUUCCCCGAGCGGCUGGCUCAGGGGAAGCCCCAGCAGGGGUUCCUCUCCAGCUUCUUCAGCAACAAUCAGAAGUGCCAGCUCAUGCUCCUGAAGACGCUGCAGACAAACCCAUAUGUCAAGCUUCUACUUGAUGCCAUGAAGCAUUCGGGUUGUGCUGUGAACAGAGAAAGACACUUUUCUUGUGAAGACUGUAAUGGAAAUGUCAGUGGAGGUUUUGAUGCUUCAAUGUCUCAGAUUGUUUUGUGCCAGAAUAAUAUUCGUAAUCAGGCCCAUAUGAACAGAGUGGUCACUCACGAGCUCAUUCAUGCAUUUGACCAUUGUCGUGCUCACGUCGACUGGUUCACCAACGUCAGACACUUGGCAUGCUCAGAGGUUCGAGCUGCUAACCUUAGUGGAGACUGCUCACUUACAAAUGAAAUUUUCAGGUUACAUUUUGGAUUAAAACAACACCAUCAGACUUGUGUGAGAGACAGAGCCAUUCAUUCUAUCCUGGCUGUUAGGAAUAUCAGCAAGGAAGUAGCUCAAAAGGCUGUUGAUGAAGUUUUUGAAUCUUGUUUCAAUGACCACGAACCUUUUGGAAGGAUCCCACAUAACAAGACUUAUGCAAGAUAUGCUCAUAGAGACUUUCAAAACCGUGAUCGGUAUUACUCAAAUAUAUGAAGACAAUGACAUUUUAUAUUACAGAGCUUCAACGAUCAUGGAGAAAAUAUGGUUUUCAAGUGCACAAACGUAUAAAAUGUAAACGAUCAAUUAAAUCAAGAUAAAACAGAAGAUGCUGAUUCUAGCAUAUGAUCAGAAAAAGUAACUGGUAAAAAAUGAAACUGCCUUGAACUCUAAGGCAAAGAUUAUAUCUUUAUAGUUAACUAUUUGGUAAAUAAGGCAAAUAAAUUACAUUUUUGUAUUUUC